CUCUCCCUCCAUCUCUCCAACUGCUGGCGGAAUACGAAGAGCUCAGACAAAGAAAGCUCAAGAGAACAGAGGAGAGAAGUGAAAGAGUGUGCAUUAAGAGACAGAAAAGCGUUUUAAAGAGAAACGGCUGCAGACUAUCAGACCACGGUGUGUGUGGAGAGUGGGAGAGAGAAAGACAGUGUCGCCAUUUCAAAAAUGUGUUUUGAGGAGCAGUUUUGAGGGACACACCUCAGAAGAUUCUGCUAAAUCGCACAACACAGGAGGCACUCCUCAGAAAACACAUCUGUCCCACCAUCAACCAUUAAAUCUCAGAUGGAGGUGGAUGCAACUGAAAAGCGUCAUCGAACUAGAUCUAAAGGUGUGCAAGUUGCUGUAGAUGCUGCACAGGAGCUGUUCAGCUGUCCCACAUCAGGGUGUGAUGGUAGUGGACAUGUCAGUGGCAAAUACGCUAGACACAGGAGUGUUUAUGGAUGCCCCUUGGCUAAGAAAAGGAAAACCCAAGAGAAACCUCCACAGGAGCCAGCUUCCAAACAGCGUCCGUUUCUAACUAUGACUGAUGGAGAGGCCUCCAUUUUUGAAAGCUAUGAGCCGGAGGCUAUGGAGGAAGGAGAAGAGAGGGAACAGGAAGAAAUAGAUGAAGUGGAAGAAGAGGAAGAUGAUGAAGAAGAGGACUGCUCGGAUGACAAUGAGGAAGCUGGAGAGGAAGAAGAUGAAGAAGGUGGGGAGGUGGAGAGAGAGGAGGAAGAGCAGAUGGAGGAAGAGUUAGAAGAAGAUGAGGAAGUAGUGGAGGAGGAUGGCGAUGAUGAAGAGCAGGAAGAGGAAGAAGAGCAAGAUGAGGAGGAAGAUGAAGAUGAGCACGAGGAUGAGGAAUACUAUGAAAAUCAGUGUCAUCAGCAAGAGGACAAUUAUUCUAGUGGUCGACAAUCAAAAUCCAAUCAAAUGGUUGAGAGGGACAAUAACAAUAACAACAACAUGAACAAUGAGGAGUAUGAGAAUUAUGAUGAGCUGGUGGCCAAGUCCCUGCUGAACCUGGGUAAAAUUGCAGAGGAUGCAGCCUAUCAGGCCAUGACUGAGUCAGAGAUGAACAGCAACUCCUCCAAUAGUGCAGGAGAGGAUGAUGACGAGGACGAUGAUGAACGGAGUGAAAAUGGAGGUCUGAAGGGAGAGUUGAGUGUCGACCUGGAUAGUGAUGUGGUACGGGAGACAGUGGACUCCCUGAAGCUUCUGGCUCAGGGUCAUGGGGCAGUGCUGCCCGACGAUGGAUACCCAGAGUCUGGAGAUGCUGGUGGAGCUGGCCAUGCUAACGGCCGUGGACAGGCAGAGGAGAGUGAGGAAGAGGUGUGCCUCAGUAGCCUGGAGUGUCUACGCAACCAGUGCUUCGACCUGGCCCAGAAAUUAAGCAAGACCCAACCGUCUGAGCGACACACAAUGGAGCACCAUGUCGAGCAACAGCAACAUCAGCAUCAGCAUCAUCAUCAUCAGCAUCAGCCUCCAUUGCAUCACAUACCCAGGUAUGACAGCUGCCACAUGGACCAGCAGAGACCCCUUGAGAGGAAUUAUUCUGAUAUGGUCAAUCUGAUGAAGCUUGAGGAGCAGCUCAGCCCAGCUUCCAGAGGCUAUCCCUCUAGCUGCGCCCAGGAGGGGGACGAGGAUACUAUGUCGGUGGCCUCUGAACGUUCAGAUGAAGCUUUCGACAUGACUAAAGGCAACCUGUCCCUGCUGGAAAAGGCCAUUGCUCUCGAAUCGGAGCGUGCCAAGGUUAUGCGAGACAGAAUGGCAUCAGAACAGAUGGUGGCUCGGAGGGACAAUCAGCGCCUUCAUGGAGAGCAUAGCCCAAGGCAGAGCAGUGGUGCAGAAGAGCGCAGGGCCCGAUUCCAUCAUGAUGGCUCAAAAAGAGCAUAUUACCCUAAAGACUCAAGGGGAGAGAAAAAAGAAAGCAAAUGCCCCACCCCGGGCUGUGAUGGCACAGGCCAUGUCACUGGGCUGUAUCCUCACCAUCGAAGCCUGUCUGGCUGCCCCCACAAAGACCGUGUUCCACCAGAAAUUCUUGCAAUGUAUGAGAAUGUUCUAAAGUGCCCUACACCUGGCUGCUCGGGACGUGGCCAUGUAAAUAGCAACAGGAACUCCCACCGCAGUCUCUCGGGAUGUCCUAUAGCUGCAGCAGAUAAGAUGGCAAAGGUUCAGGAGAAACAUCACUCCUGUGAAAGCUCCAAGUCCAACCAGGCAUCAGAUCGUGUCUUGAGGCCUAUGUGCUUUGUGAAACAGUUGGAGAUUCCACAGUAUGGGUACAAAAAUAACGUCCCCACCAGUACUCCGCGAUCCAACCUGGCCAAGGAGCUGGAGAAGUAUUCCAAGACCAGCUUUGACUAUGGCAACAGUUAUGAGAACCAGCCUCAUGCCUACGGCAAGAGGUCCCUCAUGCCCAAGAACCAUGGGCGAGACACCUCACCCAAGGGAUUUGAUGCCAAGCGCUACUGUAAGACCUCAAGCCCAGCCAGCAGCACUACGAGCAGCUACGCUCCCAGCAGCAGCAGCAGUCUCAGCUGUGGAGGAGGAGGAGUGGGAGGAGGCGGCAGUGGGGGGGGAGGAAGCAGUGCCAGCAGCACCUGCAGCAAGAGCAGCUUCGACUAUACGCACGACAUGGAAGCCGCCCACAUGGCCGCCACCGCCAUCCUCAACCUGUCAACACGCUGCAGAGAGAUGCCCCAGAGCCUGACCGGGAAAGGGCCCGAGCUCCUGGAACAGAGCCCUGAUGAUAGAGAUGGGGAUGAGAAUGGAACCCUGGAUCUGAGUCGGGCUGGAGGGUUGGGGGAGGGUAGUGGAGGCACAGUGCUGACCCCCCUGCAGCCCAUGUCCCCCCAUCGGCAGGCCCUGCUCAACAGCCACUGCUACCAGAUGAGCACGGCAGAGUGCUGGGACUUGCCGGUGGACUACACCAAGAUCAAACGCCUGGACGAGGAACACAAGGAGGAUGACCUGGACCCCUUUCAUGAUCUAUUGGAAGAACAGCAGUAUUCUGGAGAUGUGACCCUCCCCAGCCCCAAACACAAAUUUGCACCUUGCAAGGAGAGCAAGAAGGAGCUCCUCACGUUAUCAAGCUGCCAACUGGCUGACAAAGGCAUGCGUGGUAUGAUGACACCUAACUCCCAGGAUCUGAAGUGUCCCACUCCUGGCUGUGAUGGCUCUGGGCAUAUAACAGGCAACUAUGCCUCACACAGAAGUCUGUCAGGUUGUCCUCGGGCAAAGAAGAGUGGCAUUAAAAUGAUGCACAGUAAGGAGGACAAGGAUGAACAGGAGCCAAUCAGGUGUCCUGUGCCAGGCUGUGAUGGCCAGGGUCAUGUGACAGGGAAAUAUGCAUCCCACCGCAGUGCAUCCGGCUGCCCGCUGGCUGCCAAGCGUCAGAAGGAUGGUUAUGUGAAUGGAGCGCCCUUCUCCUGGAAGGCUGGUAAAACAGACGGCAUGACCUGCCCCACCCCAGGCUGUGAUGGCUCAGGCCACGUCAGUGGUAGCUUUCUAACCCACCGGAGUCUGUCUGGCUGUCCCCGUGCCACAUCUGCUAUGAAAAAGGCUAGAAUGUCAGGAGUUGAAAUGCUCACAAUCAAGCAGCGAGCAAGCAAAGGCAUAGAAAAUGAUGAGGAGAUUAAACAACUGGAUGAGGAAAUCAAAGACCUAAAUGAAUCAAACAGUCAAGUGGAGUCAGAUAUGAUAAAAUUGAGGACUCAAAUCACCACCAUGGAGACCAACCUGAAAUCCAUUGAGGAGGAAAACAAGGCCAUAGAGCAGCAGAAUGACUCACUGCUGCAUGAACUCGCCAACCUCAGCCAGUCUCUCAUCAACAGUCUGGCCAACAUACAGCUCCCUCACAUGAAACCGAUGCCACUGAAAGAGGCCCCUGUUAAAAAUUACUGCUGUUUACAGAUGCCCUACAGAGAGCCGAUGAAUGAGCAAAACUUCGACACUUAUGUGAGCACUUUGACAGAUAUGUAUACUCACCAAGACCAGUACCAGAGUCCAGAGAAUAAGGCCCUCUUGGAGAACAUAAAGCAAGCAGUUCAAGGCAUCCAAGUGUAGCUUGCCAGAAACUAGAGCUCAGCUAUUGGCCAAGUAAUGGUGUCAUGUGAUCAGUGCUGAAAAGCGAAAACAUAAUUGAUAAGAAACAAAAGAAACCCAUGAUGUAAAAGUAUGGAUAACUUGUAUGAUUCUUUUGCUGCUGUAAUUUAUUGUAUUUAUUUGGCAUUAUUUAUUAUUCUGUUAUGCUUUUGAAAAAAAUUACAUAACUUAUUUGUUGCCUUGCUUUACGAUGACGAUUACCAAUGGCAAAUGUUUUGAGGAACAUUCAUGUUUUGUACAUUUUUCAUAUGACCUGACAUAAUGUGAUGUACUGUUUAUAGCUGCUAAUGUAUGCACAUUUUAGUGUAUAUGUAUUUAUUAAUUGUAAACAAACACCAUCCAUUAUUUUAAAUCUAAAAAAGGUGUAGAGGGGUUACACUGAGGGAAUGUAAGGGCAAUCAGCUUAGAACUAAGCUUUUCUAUAUGGAACUAAUGGGAAUUAUGUGCUGUGGAGGUAGUUCAGUGGAUGUACAGUGGUACAUUUUUGUGGUUAAAGAUUUUGGCUACGUUUUGUAACAAUAUUGAGAAACGUUGUCUUUUGGUUUCAAAAUCAUAUAUAUAGUGGUCAGUGUGGGCACUCUAAUGCAGUAUGCAUAUUGUUUCUGUUCAUUUUUACUUGGUUUUUUGGUUGGUUUCUCCCUUCUUUUUGUUAAAAAAUUUGUUUUGCCCCUUUUAAUCCGGAAUAGAUUAGAAAACAGAAAAAAAAUUGUGAAUGCAAACAUCAUGACACGGAAACUCACUGGUGUAAAUCCCAAGACUGAGAGAUAAAUAUUUCAUAAUUUUUCAAAUAUUUUACAAGUCCAUUCUCUAAAUGUAAUGCCCAGCUGGUUGUGGCUCAUAACUACAGAAAAUUUAAAGGAGACAAUCCAACAUGAAUUAAAUUAUUGUAAAAUGUUAGUGGUAGUAUGAUAGAAUAUCAGCAAUAUAUGAAAACUAAUCAAUCAUUUGUUUAGAAAUGGGAUGCAAAAGUUUGGGUAUAUGCAAUUUCUUAUUCUUACCAUAGUAGAAAGCUGAUUAAUCUUUUUACUAAAUGUAAAGUAUUACGUUUUAUAUAAAUCUUUUAAUACAGUCAUAUUUUAGGGUUUAAACAUGGGUGAUCAACUCUAAAAGUAUGAAUGCAUUAUGAGUUCACAUUCCUCAUGUUCGAUUUUGCACAGGGACACCUUUGUUUCCAUGUUUUGGUGUUUUUAUUUGUUGCAGGAGACCAAGGAGGUGCCCAGACAUUUGAAAUGUGGGAAGUUUUUUGAAGAAAGUAAAUCUGUGUGUGAAUGUUAGUUUAUCAGUCUGCUGGAUAUACAGGGUUAAUGUCACCAUCCAUACAUCAUUCUAUCAUGGUAAAGCAGCACGUCUUGUAGAUUUUGUCCAAAACAAUCAUGUAGAGAUUCAUCUGGUCACGAGUGCACAACAAACACAACUAUGUCAACAAAGCAAACUCAUCAUAUUACAAUAAUAGCAACAACAGUGAAUUCCAAUCAGUUGUAUACCGUAUUUAAAGAGGUCGGCUUGCCAUAUGUGGUAAUCUGCGAUCAACUUUCAUUGCUUUUUUUCACGUUUAUGAGAUAUCAGCAGCACUUUAAGCUCUAAGAAUCACAGAAAUUGAAGUACCAUAUUACUGAAUCUUUUUUUGAGAAUUAUUCGAGGACACACCAUAUUAACGCAACAUGGUACGGGUCUAGAUUAGAGAAAUAUGUAGGCAAUUUCCAUCUCUUAGGAGGUCGUGUACUGACACGACCAGUUCAUUUUACUCCAUAAUAUUUGAAGGACAUGUACAGUCAUAGUCUGGUAACCCCACAUUCAUCUCCAUAUAGUUAAAGCUCUUUUGAGCGAGGGCAUCAAGCAAAGUCACACAGGGCUGAUUUUUAGUGGUGGAUUUUAAAGUUCAAAACUUCAGUGAUUUGUGUGAGUGUGUGUGUGUGUGAGAGAGAGAGAGAGAGCUGACUCUGGUUGAUGCUGGCUCUACAUGGGGGUUUGUUUCUAAUUUAUGUUUUCUUUUCUAAUAUUAAGGCUAGCAUUGUGUUUUCAGAGAUCUCAUGCAAAUGGUGCUAGUCACUCUUCAGUUCAGUAAUAUCCUUUCUCUCUCCCAAAGCAUUGUGUAUGCAGCUUCUUUCAAAGAUAGCAAUUCUUUUAAUACACUGACAGCAAAAUACAAUAUCCUCUCAUCCAUUAUCAUCAUUGAUUUGACAGGAAAAGGGGUUUUAAGCACAAUUCCGCAACUCAUUUUCAGUUGGCACAUAUUGUACUAUCUACUUCAAAAGGUUAUCUGUGACUAUUUAAAUAGAAAACUAUCUAUGGUGUCACAUGCUUGAAUGCAGAAUACUUUUCUUAUUAAUAAUUGUUAAAUCAUCAGGUUACAAGUUUCCAUUUCAAAUGGAUUUUAAUUAACCAUUUUAAACCAGGAUUUUUCUAUAAAAAAUAAAGAAACAUAGCUUUCUUAUUGUCUCUUGCUCUCUUCCUCUAUCAAGCUGUUUAGCUAUCUUUUUCUCUCCUAUUUUGUUUUUCAACAACAUGGCAUGAUUUCCGUUGGCAUGCUACUUUUUUGUUUCUUUUUUUUUUUUUUUUGCUCUAAGUGUUUAAGACCACAAGUUGCAGUGAUAUUCAUUUUUAAAUUGUGAACUUUGUAAAAUUUUUAAUCAUGCUGGUGUUGACAUCUCUUCCUCAAUAAAAACCUGUGUU